AUGAAUAUUGCACUUAAAAUACCUUCCACAAGAAUAUAUCGCUCUUCUGAGAGACCUUUUCUCUUGUUGUACAAUCUACCUGUUGAUGAUUCUCAAAAUGCUGGAAUAACAGAUACUCAUCACCUUGAGGAAAUUUUGCAUUCAACAGAACCUAUUUCUAUAAUUCUAGGAACCUCUGACAUGACAUAUAUGAUUGAGAAUCUGCAAUCAAGAGUGAAAGAUAAACCAUCAGUUGACAACACAACCUAUGCAACAAGAUAUAGCAAAUGUUUGUUGAUGGCACGAGUUUAUUUGCUUCAUUUUAUUUUUUCCGAAAUUGGGCAUAUAAGUUCAUAUAAUUGGACAAUCUUGCAGUUAUUUCCCGAGUAUUAUUUUAAAGAAAUUGACCUAUUCAAUGAACUAAAUAUCAUGUUUCGUGCACUCUCUGAAAGUGACUUGGACAAGAACUUGCAUAAACUGAUCAAUGGUUUACUGAAACAUCUAGACCAGGUCCGAUUGCCAGUAAUAAUUGAUGAAGCUGUCCAACUUAUUUCUUCAAUUGGAAAUGUACUCUGUAUCUUACCUGCAGGGACUGGUCUCAGCAUGAGAACAGCAAAAACAUUUACUGGAUCUCAUCUAUUCAAAGGUGGCAUUAUGGAUGAUCAACUUAUUAUUGACAAUGGAUUUGAUUCUAAAAAAGAUGUUGAAGUUUAUCUCUCAAGUUUUGGGAUACCAAUUGAUCCCUCUCAUGAUGGUAUUAUGCAGUGGCUAGUAGGGAGAGCAAGAAUUGCUUCAAAUUUUGCAGAAGAAUGGAUGAUUUAUGGUGGUGAUUUAAAAACACUGUUUACAAGUUUUAAAGAAAGAUAUGAGGAUGCAACAACAUGGGGGAAUAUUGGAUAUGAUCUUUUGAAUAUGAAAAAUGGUAAUAGAGCCAGAGAAAUUGGUGGUUUAGAUAUAAUGGACUUAGUUGAACGAGUUGUUUUAAAACAUUGGUACACUGGUCUAGAAGCAACUUUUAUUCGAGAUGAUGCAUUGCAAUUAUUUGAGAUUGGAGUUGCAAGGUUAAGAAGAACAGAUAAAUUACGGGGUGUUGUCAAUGAACCAUUGAUAUAUAUAGGAUUCCUGUGGGAACAGCUUAUUCCAGAUGCAUUGGAAAAAUUAUUUGAUGGUAAGGAAACUUGUCAAAUUUUUAAGAAGAGACUACCAUCAAAUAUUUGGCACAUUGCAAAUUCAUUUUCUCAUAAGACUUCUUCCAAUGUCCGAGUUCAACAUUCAACAUCUGAUUAUAAGCUCCCUGACUUCUUGAAACAGCCUAUUUCACCAUUUUUUCUUGCAGAAACAAAUGCUGGACCUGAUAUAGUCACACGAGUUGAAUCACCAGAACUUGAGAAAAAAAUAUAUGCUGUUUUUAGUCAAGCAAAAUUAUGGCAAAAAAUUGAUAAAGAAAAAGGCUACAAUACAUUACAUGAAAAUAAAAAAAAAGUAAUUACAGAAUUGUAUGCUGGGACUUUUAGAAUUUGUAAUGAUGAUUUGAAUACUGAUAAAGAUGAUGACUAUGUAGCUGUUAUUGAUUCAACGAACUGUGAAUUGGUUUUUGAUAAAGAACAUUUGGAUGUGUUAUCACAACUAAAAAAUGGUAAAAAACGUAAGCUGCGGAACAUACAUAGUGAUAGUUACAGUGUAUCUACAAAGAUGUCAAAAUAUUAA